AAAAAUAUAGAUUACAAUACAAAUGUAUCAACUAAAUAGGUAACUUUAACCCGGAUCGCUGGUCACAGUAUUGGAAUAACUAACCUGCGCAUCCUAAAAUGAGAUUCUAGGCAACAUUACUUGACGGUCCCUUAGCCGCCUUCAAGGCAGGUGUUUUAUUGUCAGACGGCCCCUGAGUAGCUGGGAGUUUCUCUUGUUUGUUGGUGUUGGAGGAUAAAGCUCAGCAGUAUCCAGGUCGUCAGCGCACGCCAUCGAUCAGGAAGCUUUCUAAGUUCGUGUGCAAGUUGGACAGCAGAGGAUUGUGAUGCAGACUUGGCUGCCCUUUUCUGCUGAAGAGCACAUGGUAUGGUCCAGUCCUGAUGGCGCACUCUGAGCUGUUUGUGACGAGAGAGCCCUCAGUGGAGGGCGGUCUUGUGGAGCUGGAUGUUCUGGGCUUCCUAGAUUCAUUUAGGGAAGAAAACAGCACAGCUGAGAGAUGCUACCGCUCCCACUCCCGCAGCAGUGUCCUCCAAGGUUUGCCCUUUGGAGGGGUGCCCACAGUCCUCACCAUCAAUGUGGUGCUCUGGAUGUUCCUGUUGCUCAUCUUCUCCUGUCUGAGGAAGGCCGCAUGGGACUACGGCCGCCUGGCUCUGCUGAUGGAGAAUGACAGUCUCACGUCCCUGUUUUAUGGAGACCCAAGUGAAAAGGAGAAGUCUCCUUCAGAGUCCAGCCCGUCCGACUCUGAGACCAAGGACAUGGGCUUCUGCUCAUGGCUCUCAUCUCUUUACCAUAUGAAGGACGAGGAAAUCCGUAGCAAAUGCGGCAUUGAUGCCAUCACAUACCUGUCUUUCCAGCGCCACAUCAUCCUGCUUAUGACGGUGGUUUGCCUGUUGUCUUUGGCCAUAAUCCUGCCGGUCAACUUUUCCGGGAACCUCCUGGGAGACAGUCCUGAAAACUUUGGAAGAACAACAUUGGCAAAUGUUAACGCAAAGGAUAGUUUUCUGUGGCUCCACUGCAUCUUUGCUCUGGUUUACUUCAUCAUCACGACACUGUGUAUGGCUCACCACUCGAUAAAACUGGAGUACAGAGAAGAUGAGAAGGUAGCCAGAACACUGAUGAUUACCUCCAUUCCCGGAGAGAUCUCUGACCCAGGACUCAUCAUCAAACACUUCCAUGAGGCCUACCCCAGCUGUACUGUGACUGAUAUCCGCUUCUGCUUUGAUGUCCACAAGCUGAUGAAGCUGGACUUGGAGAGGCGCAAGGCGAUGAAAGGUAGGCUGUAUUUUGCCACAAAGGCCCAAAAAGAGGGGAAGAUCAUGAUCAAGACUCAUCCCUGCGCUCAGAUAUUCUGCUGCGACAUCUGUGGCUUUGAAAAGGUGGAUGCAGAGCAGUACUACAGCGAGUUAGAAGAAAAGCGAACAGAUGAGUUUAAUGCUGAGAAGAAUCGCAUCUCUAUGAAGAGGCUGGGCAUUGCCUUUGUCACUUUUCGUGACGAGAGGAUGACCGCCGUGAUUGUAAAGGACUACAGUCGGGUGUGCUGCCGUCGCAGGCCCCAGCAGUCCAGCAUCACCACUGUGGUGCAGUCUCACCAAUGGGGGGUCAGCUACGCACCUGCUCCCAGUGACAUCAUCUGGGAAAACCUGUCAGUGUGUGGGUCUCGCUGGUGGCUCCGCUGUGUCCUCCUCAACAUCCUCCUCUUCCUGCUGCUCUUCUUUCUCACCACUCCUGCCAUCAUCGUCAACACCAUGGACAAGUUCAAUGUCACCAGUCCUGUGGAGAGUCUGCGGAGCCCUAUCAUUACCCAGUUCUUCCCAACCCUCCUGCUGUGGGCGUUCUCAGUGCUCCUGCCCUUUAUCGUCUACUACUCGGCCUUCUUUGAGUCCCACUGGACCAGAUCUGGUGAGAACCAAGUAACGAUGCACAAAUGCUUUUUACUGCUGGUCUUCAUGGUCAUCAUCCUGCCCUCCCUUGGUCUGUCCAGCCUGGACUUGUUCUUCACCUGGCUCUUUGAUGUCAACUUCCUGGAGGAGAAGAAUGUCAAAUUUCAGUGCGUGUUUCUUCCUGACAACGGUGCAUUCUUUGUAAACUAUGUUAUUACAUCAAGCCUGAUUGGUACAUCCAUGGAGCUGCUUCGCAUCCCAGCACUGACGGUGUACGCCCUCCGCCUCUGCUUUGCAAAGUCCCAGGCUGAGCGGAUUCAUGUCAAACGGAGUCAGGCCUACGAAUUCCAGUUUGGGCUGGAGUAUGCCUGGACCAUGUGUAUCUUUGCAGUCAGUAUGACCUACAGCAUCACAUGUCCCAUCAUUACGCCCUUUGGCCUGCUCUACAUAAUCCUGAAGCACUUGGUUGACCGAUACAACAUCUACUAUGCAUAUGUUCCCACCAAACUCAACCAGCAAAUCCACAGAGUAGCCAUCAGUCAGGUCAUCGUGGCUCCCAUCCUCUGCAUAUUCUGGCUGCUUUUCUUCUCCGUGCUCAGAUUAGGUCCAGUGCACCCCAUCACCUUUUUCACCCUAGUAUCCCUGCUUUCCUGCAUUGCCGUUUCACUCUGCCGCUUGUGCCUUAGGAAGCAACCAGACAAGUCAGCAAGCUACCAGAUGUCUGAUCAGCCAGCAGAGGGGACAUUCACUGAUGCAGACCGGAGCACUGUAACAUCAACCACUGCCUCCAAUCUGUUUGUGGCAUCCGUGCUGCUGGAGCCAGAGCUGGCUUUGACUCCGAUGCCCUCCCCGGCCCACCAUAGCUACGGCGCCAUGACCAGCUCCCAGGGUUCAAGCCACGGCCCGGUGCGAGAAGAGGAGGAUGAGGAAGACCAGGCUCAGACACAUGAGACUGAGCUUCAAGACCACCCAAAAUCCUUCUGCUCUAGUCCACUUAUGGACAGCCCUGUGGGCUACCAGUAACACCUAACCUGCCAAGCUUAUUCUGUGUGUCCUUCACCUGGAGAACACAGACUGCUUAACGUUGCACUGUUGCAUUUCCACCACUGACCUCAGGCUCCAACUUGCUGCUUCAGACCCUGAGACUAGAGUGGGCUUGUUAGAAAGCAUGAAGAAGCCAAAGAGGAAAUGACUUUGAUAAUACAAAAGCAGCAUCUACAUAUACAUCACUAUAAAUGUAUAGAGAGCAGUGUGCAAAACAUCUUUUAAAUAUGUCUUAUGGACAUGAACCACAAAUCACAGUGGAACUAAAGUGUAGGAUACUCCAUAGCAGGGGUUCCAUUUUCUUCUAUGGUUUCAUUUGCAAGUUAAAAGGAUAAAAGCUAUGAAAGUGAGUGGGGUGGCAAUGCCUUUGGUUAUCGAUCGGAUCAUACUCUGUCCAUGCUGUGACACUUGGACAUGAGUGGAAGUAAAAGUUCCCAUCAGAGUGGGUGGUGUGAGCAGGCUUGCCCCGGCAGACUGACAGUGCGGUCUGGGCACGGGUGGUAUGUGGUUCCCCGGCAGCAGAGCUCGGGGAGGCUGAGGGUGAGGGCAUCUAGUUGUGAAGCCAUCUGCAGUGAGAGCGCAGACAGAUGGGAGAGCCAAAUGUAACUCAGAGAUGUACUGUAUUAUAUGUACACUCUCUCCAUGAAGGCACAAGCAGCUUUUCUGUACCUGAAGCUUGUUGUAACUAUUAUCAAUUUAAGGUUGCUAUUUUUGCGUGUGUGUGUGUGUGUGUGUGUCAUUAAUAUUGUGCUUUGGGUUGAGGGCAAGGUCACUGGAACUUGGUCAAGGAUUUUGCAGAGCUGUCCUAUCGUAAUCCGAGUAUUACCUAAUUGUGCUGUUUUGACUGUAUAUGUGAUACAUCCGCUUUUUUAUUUAUUUUAAAUGAAUAGUUGGACAUUUUAAGAAAUAGGUUUACUUUUUUGCCAAGAGUUAGAAGAAAAGAUUGAUAUCAAUCUCACAUGUAGCCUAUCUACUAAAUAUGAAGCUACCCCCAGCAGCCCGUUAGCUUAGCUUAGCUUAGCUUAGCCAUAUCGCUUACUAGCCCAGAAACAAGACUAUUCCUUAGCUGGGUGCAGUAGCUCUGUGGAUUCUUGUUGUCACCAACAGAGUUCAGGAAUCUACUUUGUAGUAACCACACUAAAUUAAGCUAGUUGGCUGCUGGUGGUAGCUUCAUCUUUAGCAGUCAUUUGACAGGCUGGUAUCAAUCUUUUCAUCUAACUCUCAGCAAGAAAUAAGUGUAUUUCUCAAAAUCUCAAAUUAUUCCUACAGGUUGUACAAAUUCUGGGAAAAUUAGAACUACAUCCUUUAGUUAUAACACUUUGAAAAUUUGCCUUGGAGUAAUUUCCUCUCAUUUCAGAACAGCAAUGGUAAUCUUUAGAAGAAUUUAUCUAUCUUGCUAAUUAUGUGAAAUACUGAAAGUAUCUACCCCCCAUGUUACUAGUAAAGUUAUUAUAUUUAGACUUUUUUUAGUUGUAAAUAUUCUAAAAUAUAUAUAUUUUGUUACCAUAAUGGCUCAGAUUUGUUUCAGUUUGGUGUUGGCCAAGUAUUUCUAUGCUAAAAUGUUGGUUUUUUUAUGUCAUAAAUACAAACUGUAAAAUUAAAGCACUACUAUAAUAUACCAUCAUUUAAAUUGCAUUAACCUGUUCUGUGUGUUGCACCUUUGCAUGUUGGCCUUGUUGUAUAAAUCAUAUAUGUAUUUAUGUCCUUAAAAUCAAGUCUCACACAUGCUAACCUCAUUGAUAUACAGUCAGUUUGUAUGUCGCAAGGUUUUGUAUUUGGAGGUUCAUUUUAUUUCCCCAUGGUGGGAUGAAGGUUUUUCUCAUGAAAUAGGAUGUAAACCAAUUUUAUUUUGUUAUUCAUGUCUCUUGCUGUGCCUUGAAGAAACACUCACUUUGUGUGACAAUCCAGCAUGGCCUGAAAUAUGCUGCAUGAAAAGCUAAAGCGCGGAGGAAGCAACCACAAGACGAAAACACAAUAACAACAAACUGAAAAACUCAACAAUCCAGACUAGUGAUUUUCAUUUUUACUAACAGUGGCUAGUUCAUCCUGUUAGUGAACAGACAUGCAGUAAACUCCUUCCUCUCAGAUCUUGACAAAACAGUCUUCACACAAGGUCCGCCUGCUACCUUUUCUCUGGAGCUUUCAACCAUAUCCCAUGGUCUUCAUCGGCACAGGUUUGUUCAGUUGGCAUGGGAAUGUUGAUGUUCAAACCUUCCGCUAUUCUUUACGCUUUUAAGACUUUUCACCCACAUUGAUGCAAAGGUUGAGCAUUCUCAUUCAUUCUUGACCUUGUAAAUAAAUAGCAGCUGACAAAAUGAUCUCCAUUCAAAGUCCACUUCAUUUUUUUGGAACUUUCGAAAAUGAAUUAUAAACCUUAAGAUUAAAACCAAUGUGUAUGAUAAAUCAUAAAUGUGCUCAAUAUAGAGGGAUGUUUGAACAUCAUUGCGUUUCUGUGACAAUUCAGUACAUUUAUCUGCUGAUGAAGAUCACAUGGAUCUUGGGUGGAAAUGAUUUUGUCAAGAAUGAACCGCUGAGCUCAAAGCUACGGUAACUUACUGUGUCUUUAUGUCACAGCAGUGUUUUGUAUCGUGGCCUUGUUGUGGAUUUCAGUUAAUAUAUUUUCAGCUCUUGUCUGCUGUGUUCUGAUCAUACAGAUCACAUAAGAUGUUUGGGUGAGCUCUUUAAAGAAGAUAAAAAUCUUUAGACCUUGUAUAUAAGGUGCCCUUUUCUAUGAUUUUUCUUUGGGUGAUUUCAAAACGUGACUAACAGCAAGUCCCUGUUGUUGAUCAGUUCACAUCAAUAUUCUCUAUGAACAGCAGACAAACUUCUUGUUGUUCACUAGAGCCAAUUUUGUCUUCUGUCUGUUGCAGGUUUUAUAAUUUUAAUCAUAUAAAAUCGUAUUUGUAUAUGAUUAAAAGUUGUGAAGUUUUUUUUACUUGUUUUCGGUUGUACUUUUACAAAGUUGAUGGCAUAUUAUUUCACAAAAAUUAAAUUCAUUUGUUCCUUUUACAAGGAAUCUAAUUCAAGUUACUUGUGCUAUAUAAAAGAGCUGAAAGCAGAGAGGAUAUGAAGCAGCCAGCACAGAGAAACAGAGUAAAAUGUACUUUUGGGAAAAAACAUUAAAGAGCAUCUCUACAUGUCUGUCUCUGAACUGCCGACAUGUCCUGUGGUUUUCUCUUGGAGAAGCUUGUUUCAUAGACCGUAAAAUGUACUUUUCUUUGAAAAAAAAAUAAAAUAAAAGUUAUAAGGCUGUUCUUAGCUCUAACUGCAAUGCAAGGACAGAGUGUCCAUUUCCAUGCUUAACUAGAUUUAUUGUAUCUUGUUAUGUCUGUUCAUACUGUCAGCUUGACCAUCCAAGGUCUUUUUGUUUGUACAUCAGUUUUCCAGACAUGUUGGUUUCUUUUAUCUCCUGUUUAUGAAAUAUGUGUAGCAUACUGUUAGUACAUUAUUUCAGAUUUCACCCUUCUGUAAUUAUGAGUUGUUAUAUCUGAGGCCGGGGCAGACUACUUUUGAGAUUGAUCUCUGUCAAGCUAAUGAGUUUUCAUUUUCAUCUGUCAAAAGUGAAGUGCAGUGAUCUGAAAUUAAAAUUAAUUCACCUCAAUCCA